AUGUCGGGACAAGCUUCGACUUCUACAAACACCCCUUCCGCGAUAGCACAACCCGGGAGGGGAAAGGUCAAACUCCCAGACAACUACACAGGCAAUCACAUUGAAUCCCAGAAAUUCAUGCUCCAAUGCCUCCUUCUUUUCACAGCAGAAUCCGACUGGUACAAGACCGAUCAAGACAAGAUAUCCCUUGUGCUCUCAUGCAUGAGAUAUGGCACGGCAGGAGCCUGGGUAGAAAACUUUCUCCUUAAAUCGGUGGGAGCAAACCCUCCCACUGAUCUAGGCACCUGGGAAAACUUUUUAGCAAAGUUCAAACUACAGUUCAGGGAGACGGGCAAGACUGACAAAUUCAUCCUUAUUGCUGCCAAUGCCGAUAUCUCCGACAAAGAGCAAGUCCCUUACUUCCAACGAGGGUCAGACCCACACGUCAUGGACAAAAUAUAUGACAAGGAAGUUCAACCAAAGGACACCAUUCAGGAUUGGAUUAAUACAGCCUACGAAAUAGACGGACGACUCAGAGCUAGAUCUGCUCAAAAAGCCAUCCUCACAAACUCCACCUCCUUUCGCAGCGAUUACUUAAACCGCUUUCAUACCCAACCCGCCUUUCGCUAUAACUCCACAAACGCCCCUCACAGAAUGAACAACCAGGUGGGAGAAGAAACCGCGCGGUUGAUUUGGAAGGAGAAGACAACGCACCCGCUAUGGGAAACCAAGCGGGAAUAUAUCGAGGAGUGGAGAUGGAGAAUACUCAUUGCAAUGACCAGUGGGUACCACAACCUGGUCCUUCGAUGGAACAUCUGCACUCUGCCCCAUCCGGAUGACCCCAAGCGAACCAUCAGCAACACGCCAUGUCGCCUGACGGACGACGGGGAAAUGGAGGCGUCAGUCAUUCUGCUCGAAUUGGAGCAGUACUAA